GGUGACCGUGUUCAUGGCACAGUCAGAGAUGGGCUUGGCCGGAAGUUACAUGGUGCUGACGAUGCUGAUAAUGGCGGUCAUGUCUUCCGGUUCCGGUGAGGUCAUGGCCAUCUCUUCCAUCAUCGUCUACGACAUCUACCAGACGCACAUCCGGCCCUUCAAAUAAACAACGGGUGUAUUCAUGCUCCUACCACGGUGACUAUCGGUCCUACCUUGACCAACUGGUCACUUUCAAGUCCUGGUGCAUCCUGUGGGUGACCAUAGCCCUGGUUCCUGUUGGACUGGUCAUUGACGUGUCUGGAGUUGACCUCAACUACGUCAUGGUCUGUGGAUUUAUACUGACCACUCCCAGCUUCCCGCCGGCUCUCAUGGCCAUCAUCUGGACCAAGACCUCAGGUUUAGGCGUCAUUGUAGGCAGCAUUGUCGGUCUUGUAGGAGGCAUCACCGCUAACUUCAUCGCCGUCUUCCGAAUGGCCAAGAGAGUGGCCUACAUAGGUGGCGCUAUAAGUCUUCUGCUGUUUAUCGUGGUCAUCCCAGGUACAAUGGCCAGUCUACACGUCUUGUCCGAGAGCGAGUUUCGGACCUGGGUCGUCAUUUUGCAGCUCCGCACCAACAUGAAGACAGGAGUCCGCUCCAAACAGGGCAACAGUCACUCCAGUGACGUCAAGAGAGGAAGUGACGUUAUCGCAGAUGACGGAGCAGGCGUGAAUCUCGUCUCCAUCAACUCAGAGCCCGUGGGAUAG